AUCCGCCAUAUUGUUUGCUGAAGCUGCCUCCGAAGCUGCCGCCCCCGCCGCCGCUACUGCCGCUGCCGCGGCCAAGUCUGAGCGUGCGGAGUCGCGAUGGAUUGAGAAACGACAACGGAGAAGAUAACAUAGCUAAUAAACAGCCAAACCAGGGAGACCAUGGCGAGCCCAGGGAAAGACAAUUAUCGAAUGAAGAGCUAUAAGAACAAUGCCCUAAACCCUGAAGAAAUGAGGCGAAGAAGAGAGGAAGAGGGCAUUCAGCUCCGAAAGCAGAAACGAGAGCAACAACUUUUUAAAAGAAGAAAUGUGGAACUGAUUAAUGAAGAAGCUGCCAUGUUUGAUAGUCUCCUCAUGGACUCUUACGUGAGCUCUACUACUGGGGAGAGUGUGAUCACAAGAGAGAUGGUGGAGAUGCUCUUUUCUGAUGAUUGUGACUUGCAGUUAGCAACCACACAGAAAUUUCGGAAACUGCUCUCCAAAGAGCCUAGUCCUCCAAUAGAUGAAGUUAUCAACACUCCAGGAGUAGUUGACCGGUUUGUGGAAUUUCUGAAGAGAAAUGAGAAUUGUACAUUACAGUUCGAAGCUGCUUGGGCUCUAACAAACAUCGCCUCUGGAACCUCUCAGCAGACAAGAAUUGUUAUUGAAGCAGGAGCUGUCCCAAUUUUUAUAGAGCUGCUUAAUUCAGACUUUGAGGAUGUACAGGAACAGGCAGUCUGGGCUCUGGGAAAUAUAGCUGGAGACAGUUCCGUUUGCCGAGAUUACGUCUUGAACUGUUCCAUCCUUAGUCCUUUGUUAACACUCCUUACCAAGUCCACAAGACUGACAAUGACACGAAAUGCAGUUUGGGCCCUGUCAAACCUUUGCCGAGGGAAGAACCCACCCCCAGAGUUUGCAAAGGUCUCUCCUUGUUUGCCCGUAUUAUCUCGCCUACUCUUCAGCAGUGAUUCAGACUUGCUGGCAGAUGCUUGCUGGGCCCUCUCUUACCUGUCUGAUGGCCCCAAUGAGAAGAUCCAGGCAGUUAUAGACUCUGGAGUCUGCCGGAGAUUGGUAGAGCUUCUGAUGCACAAUGAUUACAAGGUGGCAUCACCAGCUCUGAGAGCUGUAGGUAACAUCGUCACUGGGGAUGACAUCCAGACCCAGGUUAUCCUUAACUGUUCAGCCCUCCCUUGCCUCCUCCACUUGUUGAGCAGCUCCAAGGAAUCAAUCCGAAAGGAAGCUUGCUGGACCAUUUCAAACAUCACUGCUGGCAACAGGGCUCAAAUACAGGCUGUCAUAGAUGCAAAUAUCUUCCCCGUGUUAAUUGAAAUCCUUCAAAAAGCAGAGUUCCGUACAAGGAAAGAAGCAGCCUGGGCCAUCACCAAUGCCACAUCAGGAGGAACCCCUGAGCAGAUCAGAUACCUAGUGUCACUGGGCUGCAUCAAACCCCUGUGCGACUUGCUGACCGUAAUGGAUUCAAAGAUUGUACAAGUGGCCCUCAAUGGACUAGAGAACAUCCUGCGGCUUGGAGAACAAGAGAGCAAACGGAGUGGCUCAGGGGUUAAUCCCUACUGUGGCCUCAUUGAGGAAGCAUAUGGCUUGGAUAAAAUCGAAUUUCUUCAGAGCCAUGAGAACCAAGAGAUCUACCAAAAGGCCUUUGAUCUCAUUGAGCACUACUUUGGUGUAGAAGAUGACGAUGGCAGCCUUGCUCCUCAAGUAGAUGAAACGCAACAGCAGUUCAUCUUCCAGCAGCCCGAAGCCCCCAUGGAGGGCUUCCAGCUAUAAUGUCUGCCUCCGGGGAGGGGAGGGGAUGGGAAGCACCACCAGCCAGUGGUAGAGCAGCCCUCUGGUGGGCAGGAAGCCAGCCCCCACCAACACCGGCUACCCUGGAGACUGUGCUCUGGACCUGCUCUGCCCCCUUCCCUGGAGGGAGGCCCUCUGGACAGACAGAACCAUCUGAGGCUCACAUGUGGGUUUUGUGACAAAAAGGGGACAUGUUGGGUUUUCUUCCUUACACUAUAUUCUGGCUGCACACAUGUCUUUAACCCAGGAGCCCAGGGGUAGACAAAGGAGGACUGAGGUAAUCAUUUUGCACCUUUCUUUUUUGUUUUGUUUUGUUUUUCUUUAAUGGUGACUUCCUUUCUUUUAUCUCCCUUCAUCCUUCCCAGUCCUCUGCCCUGAUCAAUGUAACUGUUAUUUUGGGUACGUGAGCAGAUGGAGUAUUCCAGAGGUGGGAGGGAAAGGGAAGGGAGAAAUCCAAAACAAAGUGUUCUUGCUCUGACGGAAUAUUAAUCUUGUAUGCUUGGAUUGAGUUAUUUAAUUUUUUUCUUUUGCACAUUUUUCUUGUAUAUUAAGGUUGCUCUUCCCAAGAGCUGUUGAGUUUCUGGUUUUAUAAAUCCCAGCUACCAGCACUAUAUGGGACAAGGGCCUGAAGGGGUGGCCACCAUGAAACAAAGGCCCCUCUUCUCUCACCCUUUUCCCAGACCUCUCAAAUUCGGGGUACAUUUCACUCUCCUGGGCCAAGAACACCCAUGGAAGUGGAGGGGAGGAGUACAGGCUUUCAAAUAGGGCUUCUUAUGUGUAGCUACUGACCCCAUGUUUCCUACCACCUUCCAAAUGGUGCAACCCAACUUCAUUUUUUACUUGAAAAUUUCCCUCAGAGUGGAUGAAUCUCUGAGGUGGCUGUAUUUCCUAAGCUCAAGACAGGGGGCUGUGAUCCCUCCAUUCUUCUGAGAAAGUUCUUGCUCUGGUGACCUGUUAAGUUUCAGAGGAAGUUGAAGUGAGACUGCCCAGUAUUGGGAUAGUCAGGGAUCCCUGCCUUUGGCCUUUCUUCCUCUUCUGUAGUUGGAUCGUGUUUAUUUUACUUCCAAAGGAGAGAAUGUCAAAACGUUCUGUAUUUUUUUUAUAUCCUAUAUAGUUGGUAUGGUAAUCUUAAUUGGACUUAAGAGAAGGAACUGUCUGUAAUUUUUGUGAGUAGGAUACUGUGAGGAAGACCAAAAAGAUAUAUAGAAGUUUCCCCACUUAGCAGGGCUGAGCUUGGUCCUUUUCCUCUCUGCUUGGAUUCUAGGCCAAGACCUAGGACCAGCUCUUAGCUCUGAAUCCUUUAAGCAGAUCAGCCAACAGGAUCUAUUGUUCCUGAUUAUGCUGGGGGCAAGAACGGUUUUAGGGCCUAGUGGAAUCUUCCUGGCUAGUACUCCCUGCUGAGCAUCCACUUAUGUCAGGAAACCCGGAAAGUAGUCUGCAUUCCCAAAUUCAGUUUCAAAGACUGUUGUCCACAUACAAUGUCACACACAGCUGCCUCUUCUCUUACAAAAAACCAGCAGCUCUUAUGAGAGCUGUUGGUAUCUUCCCUGUUUGAGAUCCUGUUUUGGGUUUUCCUUUCUUUGUGACAAUUAUAAUCCAGAUGCCUUUUCUCCUGAGUAAGGCUAGUGCAAUGUCCAGUGGCUUGCCUAUGCCUCUGGGUGGGUUUCUCAUGAUAAUAAAGAGGGAUGGGGUUGGCUGAAGACUCCCUACUUCUGCAUUCCUAGAAUAAUCAGGGUGCCCUACUCUUAAACUACACCUUUUCUUCCCCAGAAACAAUAUCAUACUUGCUUCCAUUCUUACAAAUUCCCUUUUGGCGCAAGUGAAACCUGUACCCCUUCCCUCAUAGAUCUAAAGCUCAGGCUCUUUUUGUUGGCUUUUUGUCUUAAAUUUGCCUUCUCCUAGGGCCGGGGGUUUAGCUCAGCAGCGUAAGCAUCUGCCUAGCAAGCACAAGCUCAUGAGUUCGAGCCCCAGUACCAAAUAAAAAAACCCAAAUUGCCCUCUCCUAGUGUUGAAAUCCUUCUUGAGACAUUUUCUAAGGAAAGUGGAUUAGGACUAGAAUACUGAAGAAUCACACUACUGUUCACUGCCUUGGUGAGGCAGAUGCCACUCAUGCACUUAGGAAUGAUGACUGUGAACCCCUAAUUUCCUAGGAAGGCAAGGACAGGAUUCUUUUCACUGAGCCUGCUAGCUCCAUUACAAAACUACACUCCUUGCUGGGUGUGCUGGUUGCACACCUGUAGUCCCAGCACUCAGAACUUUUGAGGAAUGAGGAUCACAUCAAGUUCAAGGGCAGCCUGAACUACACAUCAAGACUUUGUAUUGUUUUUGAAAAAAGAAAAAUGAUUCUACGAUUUGAAGAAAAGUUACUCACUCCCUACUGUUGUCCUUGUCUAAAGGGCAGAGCAGUUUAGUAGGAUGUACUUUGUACAUCUCAAGCAGCAGUUAACUCGAUACUGGAGCCGUAUUCUUAGUGUAGAACACAAAUGUCCUGCUUUUCCAACUGCUCCUCCAAAAUCUAUUUUGGCUUCAGAUCUAGGUCUUGUACCAGAUGGACUUUCUUGGUCAUCUCACUGCUACUUAAAUCCAGUUUUCUCCAAGGACUUCAGAGGCUAAAUUCUACUUGGGGCACAAUAUGGGAACAGAUUUAAGAGAAAAAUAAUUUCUAGAAACUUACGUCUUCCCCAGACUAUGUUUCCCCCUUAUUUUCCUCAAAUCCCUUUCAAUACACAGGUAAAGUUCUUCCAGCCCACAGAGACAGUAGCCGCCUUUUGUAUCUUCUCUCCUUUGGCCAUUUUGUAAAGAGCCAAUCUAUGAACAGACCCUGCCUUAAGUGAGGUCAGAGCCUUCUGGUAGGUUUCUAGCAGGGUGGUUAUUGCCACCAUGAAAAGGCCCCCUUGCCUGCUAUAGAGAAUAACCUGCUAUGUUAAGGUUUUUUGAAACCUUUAACUAAGAUCUCUGGUGGAGUGAGCAAAUCUAGGUCCGAAAUAAGUGGACAAAGGGGCUUUUUGGUCAUUCACAUGUUACUGCCAGGUGUUCUUUUUUUACCAGCCCCUCUUAGUCUUCUGCCAGAUCUUUAGUACUUACAGGGUCCUUUCAGUUUCCAGCAGUCCCCAGUAACCACUUGGUCUUGAUGUUGGCUGCAGUUUUCUGGGAGAACCACAUGUGUUCCACCCUCACCCUGUCAACCUGGUUAGUUAGGUUUGUGGACACAAAUGACCCACUGAGGAACAAGUGUUGAUGACCUCCUUGUUCCCCUUUACUUGGAACUCUUAGGUCUACUAGUUCAACCCUGUUUAUGCUGGAAGCCUUUCUUUCCCAGGAAUCUUCCUCCCUCUCUUUCUGUUUCUUUUUUUAUAAGCUAAACUGCACAGAUUAUAACUGCUGUUGUACUUGAGAAACAAAGACUCUUAGGUGCAGUCUUUCUCUAGCCAAAGGUAUGCAAAAGGAAAACUGUCUAGCAAUAUAAACUGCAUUUCAUAUUCUCAUGUCUGCCUCCCAGAGAGGCAGAGGGAAACCAGGCAAUACUGAUUCCUCACUCCACAUGUUCUCUUUUUAAAGACCCCAUCUCUUAUUCAUGCCUCAUCUUUUUCCCUUUUACUCAGUUUGGUAUCUAGUGUCUUAUGUGUUCCUCAGUAGGUUUAUGUUAUAUGCUUGGAUUUUCUUCCAGGUCCCUGCAAGCAUUCCAGUAACCCAGUAGGGAAGACAGGCUGGCUAAAGGCCUUGCUGUUAGGCAAGGGAAGAAUAUAAGACUUAGUGCACUGAACCAUACGAAAUGCUUAUGACUAAUGGCAGCAUCUUACAAGUAGUGCUGCCCUGGACAGUAGUGAAGGUAAGACUGACUGACUGCUCUGAGUGUGUGUUUCCUAGCCAUUUAGGAUUGCACAUUUUAGGCCAGCCCCAUCCGGGGUCUUACCUGUUGGAGUAUUUGUUAAACCAUCAAACUGAGAAUUGGGCUCCUUAGGUAUCCAUAUGGUGGCCACCAUCUGCUUUUUGGGGACAUGCCUUCAAGAAUGAUUCAGUCAUCCCAUUGUCCCCUAGCCUCGAAAAUAUAAGAUCUUGGCAAGAAGUUGUUGUCAAGGUCAAGCAAAUCUGAAUUUUGCUCAAAGAGGGCAUUUUGCUUGAGGCCUGGACUCUGCAGGACCAAAGCUGGCUUUGAGAAAAGUAGCAGUGUUAAGUUGCAGAACAGCCUAGGAGAAAGGUUCAUUUGGUUUGUCUUCAAGGACUAGGCCAAAUUACCUAUUUCUGGGGAGCCAGCCUAACUUCUAAUGCCCACGUUAGCCCAAACCUGCACAUUAGUCCUGCUCUCUUGGGUAGGUCUGAUUUCAAGCUCUAAGUUAGGGGACAAAAUUGUACUACGUCUAGAGGACUGUGAAGGAAGUCAAAGCUGAGACUGCCUGGGAAGUUUUGACCUGUGCUUAAAAGAAGUCCACAUUAUAUGAAUACUUGGAUCCUGGAGUUGAUACUGGAUUUUCCAGCCAACUUUUCUAGGAAUCGCCUUUUACUGGCCUGUUAAACAAGGGAAGGGGUUUUGGGAUCUGAAACACCCAACAGACAAGAUCUCCUCCAAUAACAGCUUGGCUUGCUAGCUGAAGAUCCUAGGGAAAUGAAUCAAAUCCUCUUAACUGGUUUUUCUUUCCAAAUUCAUUUGCUUUUGUUUUUCUCAAAACUAUAAAAUCUGGCCAUUUUCUAUAAUCUCAAGGCCCCUGGGUAGACAAAGCUUGAUUUCAAAGCAGACAUAGGCCAAGAAAUUAUGGCAUUGAGUGUGCUGAGUCCAGACAAAUAAUAUUUAUAUACACAUCCAAAUUUGAAGAAAAAAUGUAUUUCUUUAGAUUUCAAACACUGUAAUAGAUAAAAAGCAAAAAUAAAAACCUGUUACAAAGUUCUAAA